ACUCAAUUUCAGCAAAUAACUUAAAUUUGGAACACAGCAUCAUUGUUUUCACAGCUUUUUGGUUGUUAGAGGUAGAGAGUGUGUAGAGUUUUAAAUCUUUUUUAAAGGCACAAAAAACAGGUCGGGUAUUGAGAAACUUACAUUUAUGAAUAUAAAACGUAGCCAAUAGUAUAAUGAGGUUGCAAAGGUAAAAUUCCGUUUAAAGUUGUUUUUUCAUACAGUGAACAUUGGUUUGAUGUUUCACAAUUGUUAAGGCCGGUGUGACGUUCCUGGAAGUUUGUCUUUUGAUGUGUUUCACACACGGUGGCAGGAAGCGCUGUGGCGCCAGCAGCGCUUGGUUUCGGCUUUUGCACAGACGACGAAGAAGAAGCAAACCGGAAGUUUACAUAAACAACAUGGGUUUGUGCUGCACAUCAUAGGACACUAACAUUACUAAAUACUGCUGUACCUACAUUAUUUACUCAUAUGUGAUAUUUUGCAAAUAGUUUUUUGUUCCGAAGUGUGUUCGCAUAGUUCCAAUGAGGGACGAAAAGCAGCAGCGUUCCUCUCUCUACUUGGAGGUGUGUAGCCAAGAUGAAGAAGCUCGUCUCCCUCUGCACUCCUCCAUCGUCCUCUUCCUGCUGUCCUACUGUGACUGCAACUCCUUCAAAGUCCACCUGGUUGCCAGCGAGCAUGGCAACUUAGAGGCCCUUAAAGGUCAGAUACCAGAGUGCGUGGACGUGCUGGACAUUAAGUCAGAGGGUCUUCCACGGCUGGUGAGGGGCUGCCGCCUCCCUGCAGUGUUGGACGAGACCGGGGAACUGUGCAGGGCUGGGCUGGCUGUGGUCUUGAGGCACAUCAUCAACAAGACCAUCGAGGCUGAUCCCUCCAGGAAUGACGUGCUGGCAUUGCUGGGCUUCAAGAAGACUUGUCUCAAGGCUUGUGCUGAGGUGAGCAAGUGGACCAGGCUGUGUGAAAUUGGGAUCCCGUCAGCUGUCGAAGACCACCUCCGUAACCCUCCUAUCCAAACCCAGCCACCCCCCGUCUCCAUCCUCACUCUGGAGCGAAGGCUGGCCGAACCCGUCAAGGUCCACAACGAUGACAAAAUACGCCGGCAAAAGCUCCAGGAGCAGAGACAAAACGAACAGAAUGACAACAACCAAGCUGACAGGGGACGCGCGGAUUGUGACCCCCAGUCCAGCACGCCGCCUAAUGGACUUGAGCUCAGGGCAGCUCUGGCUAAGCUGUCUGUCGCUGCAGGUCCUUCUGUGGCCACCAGAGAGUGCUCUGAGAUCAGGAAAGUGAGGACCAACGACCUGCCUGAGCUGGAGCAUCUCUUUGCCGAGGGGCUGUACUUUACACUGACCGAUGUGGUCCUGUUGCCAUGCAUAUAUCAAUACCUGUCUUCCCUUCCGGCUCCUGCUGCCAGCACUCUGCACCACAUCCCCCACCUGCUGCGCUGGUACAGCCGCGUUCAGGAGGUACCCGGGCUACUGCGGGCUGCAAAAGCCUGCGGGAUAGCGCUGGUCAGCCCUGAGGCUCUGGCAUCUUGCACAGCGGGGCCGCCACAGCCGGUCGAGGGCAACCCACCAAGUCAACUAGAGCAUGAAGAGGAGACGACCACACAGCUCCCUUUUGUUGGCGGUCCCCGGCCCACCAUGACCAAACUCAAAGAAAGUGGCAUAGUGGCAGCCUUCGCUCCUCAUCCUUGUCCUGAGUGGACGCUCCCGUGGGACAGCUUACCAGAGGCCAUCAACCCCGCUGAAGGGAAGAUGUCAAAUAUCCGCACAGUCAAGAAGAAGCAACAGCUGAAUAACUUGGUUGCCAUGGUGACACAUCUAGCCAAACCAGGAGACACGAUUGUGGAUUUCUGCAGUGGAACGGGACACGUGGGUAUUGUCCUGGCCCACACUCUCCCACAUUGUCAGGUCCUCCUCAUUGAAAACAAGGAAGAAUCUCUGAUCAGGGCGCAGGGUCGCAGCACUGAACUUGGACUAGAAAACAUUGGAUUCAUUCAGACCAACUUGGACUACUUCACUGGACCUUUUCACAUUGGAGUCGCGCUCCAUGCCUGCGGCGUGGCGACAGACAUGGUGAUGGAGCACUGCAUCCAGGCAGGCGCCGCCUUCGUCAUCAGCCCUUGUUGCUAUGGCUUCAUCCAAAAUGCAGUCAAGUUCACCUUCCCAAGGAGCAAAAUGUUCCAAGAGACUCUGAUUUAUAAGGAACACAUGAUCCUGUGCCGCUUCGCCGACCAAACGGCUGGCCAGCUUCCUCCAGAGAGGCGCCACAUAGGGAAGCAGUGCAUGGGCCUGGUGGACUUGGACCGCUCAUGGGCUGCGCAGUCGCACGGUUACCAGGUGCAGGUGAUGACCAUGGAGCCGGACACGUGCUCGCCCAAGAACAACAUGUUGAUAGGAAAGCCCCACGUGCAAGAUGGCGCUCACUAAUUGGACGAACCUGAGCUUACUGUAGGUGCGUCACAUGGAUACUUGCGUUUUUUAUUUUUUGAUAUCUGGAUUUUCCAUCCAUCCAUUUUCUACCGCUUGUCCCUUGCAGGGUCGCGGGGGGUUCUUGAGCCUAUCUCAGCUGCAUUCGGGCGGUAGGCGGGGUACACCCUGGACUAAUACAAAGACAUGCACCUGGGGAUAGGUUGAUUGGCAACACUAAAUGGUCCCUAGUGUGUGAAUGUGAGUGUGAAUGUUGUCUGUCUAUCUGUGUUGGCCCUGUGAUGAGGUGGCGACUUGUCCGGGGUUUACCCCGCCUUCCACCCGAAUGCAGCUAUUUUAAAAACCAUGCUCUUGUAAUAUUUUAAUCAGUAAAGAUGGACAAUUGAUAUUAACUUCCAAAUUGAAGAGAUGCAUCUCAUUGGCCACCAUGUUUAAUCUUGUCGAAAUUGUCUAUAUCUGUGUAACAGGUCUGCAGCUAUCGAUUCUUUUAGUAAUCCAGUAAUCUAUUGAUUUUGCCCGAAAUAUUGGUCAAUCGGAUAAAACCCAGCUUUAUAGUCUCAAUACUUAUUUUAAAGUUAAAGUACCACUGAUAGUCACACACACACUAGGUGUGGUAAAAUUACUCUCUGCAUUUGACCCAUCCCCUUGUUCCACCCCCUGGGAGGAGAGGGGAGCAGCGAGCAGCAGCGGUGGCCGCGCUCGGGAAUCAUUUGGUGAUUCCGGCUUGGCGUAGUGGGUAGAGCGGCCUGGCCAGAAACCUGAGGGUUGCAGGUUCGCUCCCCGCCUCUUACCAUCCAAAAAUCGCUGCCGUUGUGUCCUUGGGCAGGACACUUCACCCUUGCCCCCGGUGCCGCUCACACCGGAGAAUGAAUGAUGAAUGAAUGAGUUGUAAAAAUGAAUGAUGGGUUCUCACUUCUCUGUGAAGCGCUUUGAGUGUCUAGAAAAGCGCUAUAUAAAUCUAAUCCAUUAUUAUUAUUAUUAUUAACCCCCAAUUCCAACCCUUGAUGCUGAGUGCCAAGCAGGGAGGUAAUGGGUCCCAUUUUUAUAGUCUUUGGUAUGACUCAGCCGGGGUUUGAACUCACGACCUACCAAUCUCAGGGCGGACACUCUAACCACAAGGCCACUGAACAGGUAAAGUUUUUAAAGUUUUAAGCAAAAUAGUUUAAUUAAACGACACUUUUAUGCUUGAAAUGUCUGUCAUUCAAUU